CAGAAAGCUAGCUUGAGCGAUGAGCACAACGACAAGGCCUUCGUCUUCAGGGACAACCUCUGUCAUCUUAGAAAACCCUGUCUCUCAGUCACAACCGACAGAAAGAUUAGUGCUUCGGUUGAACAGGAAGAAGAAGAAGGUUUCAUGGAAAGACGGGACCGUGGAUAACGAGUUCAUGCAGAAGAAGAGCUCAAAGAAAUGUUGCAUCUUUCACAAACAGAAGCCCUUUGAUGAGGAUGACAGUGAAGAUGAAGAUAACAAUCAUCACCACCAUCAUGAUCAUGAUCAUAACCAUCAACACUCGGAUGAUGCCUCUUCUUCUAACGAUUCUAAAGCAGUUGACUAAGUCAAUUGGGUUUUUUUCACAGCACUAUAUAAAAGCCUUUUAUGAGAUCAUGUAAGAACACUAAUUCGUAGUUUUGGAUUUUGAUCGUCUUCUCUUCUCCUACCUAAACCCUGGUUGGGCUUUAUAGUAUAAGUUACAUGUAAUUUGCAUAUCCUAUUUGCACUGUAAUGGCAUUAUUCAUUGCAAUUAAUGUUGAUGAUAUUAACUACU